GCGCUCGCGGGGCGGCGUCGGCUGUGGCGGCGGCGGCGCGGCGCGUGAGGGGCCGCCUCGGGCCGAGCGGGCGCCGCGAGCGGCCCGGCGAGCGCAGCCAACAUGUCGGAUACCAAGGUAAAAGUUGCCGUCCGGGUCCGGCCCAUGAACCGACGAGAGCUGGAGCUCAACACCAAGUGCGUGGUGGAGAUGGAAGGGAAUCAAACGGUCCUGCACCCUCCUCCUGCUAACACCAAACAGGGAGAAAGGAAACCUCCCAAGGUAUUUGCCUUUGAUUAUUGCUUUUGGUCCAUGGAUGAAUCUAACACUACGAAAUACGCUGGUCAAGAAGUGGUUUUCAAGUGCCUUGGGGAAGGAAUUCUUGAAAAAGCCUUUCAGGGGUAUAAUGCUUGUAUUUUUGCAUAUGGACAAACAGGUUCAGGAAAAUCCUUCUCCAUGAUGGGCCAUGCUGAGCAGCUGGGCCUUAUUCCAAGGCUCUGCUGUGCUUUAUUUAAAAGGAUCUCUUUGGAGCAAAAUGAAUCCCAGACCUUUAAAGUCGAAGUGUCCUAUAUGGAAAUUUAUAAUGAGAAAGUUCGAGAUCUUUUAGACCCCAAAGGGAGUAGACAGUCUCUUAAAGUUCGAGAGCAUAAAGUUUUGGGACCAUAUGUAGAUGGUUUAUCUCAAUUAGCUGUCACUAGUUUUGAGGAUAUCGAGUCUUUGAUGUCUGAGGGAAAUAAGUCUCGGACGGUGGCUGCGACCAACAUGAAUGAAGAAAGCAGCCGCUCCCAUGCUGUGUUCAACAUCAUAAUCACCCAGACACUUUAUGACCUCCAGUCUGGGAACUCAGGAGAGAAAGUCAGUAAGGUCAGCUUGGUAGACCUGGCGGGUAGCGAGAGAGUGUCUAAAACUGGAGCUGCGGGAGAGCGACUGAAAGAAGGCAGCAACAUUAACAAAUCACUUACAACCUUGGGCUUGGUUAUAUCCUCAUUGGCUGACCAGGCAGCUGGCAAGGGUAAAAACAAAUUUGUGCCUUAUCGAGAUUCAGUCCUCACUUGGCUUCUUAAGGACAAUUUGGGGGGCAACAGCCAGACCUCUAUGAUAGCCACCAUUAGCCCAGCAGCAGACAACUAUGAGGAGACCCUCUCCACGUUAAGAUAUGCAGAUCGGGCCAAAAGGAUCGUGAACCACGCUGUCGUGAAUGAGGACCCCAAUGCAAAAGUCAUCCGAGAACUUCGAGAGGAAGUUGAGAAACUCAGAGAGCAGCUCUCGCAAGCAGAGGCCAUGAAGGCUCCUGAACUGAAAGAGAAGCUCGAAGAGUCUGAAAAGCUGAUAAAAGAACUGACAGUGACUUGGGAAGAGAAGCUGAGGAAAACAGAAGAGAUCGCACAGGAGAGACAAAGACAACUUGAAAGCAUGGGGAUUUCCCUAGAGACAUCUGGUAUCAAGGUGGGGGACGACAAAUGCUACUUAGUCAACCUGAAUGCGGACCCUGCUCUCAACGAACUUCUGGUUUAUUAUUUAAAGGAUCACACCAGGGUGGGUGCAGAUACCUCUCAGGAUAUCCAGCUCUUCGGCAUAGGAAUUCAGCCUGAGCACUGUGAGAUUGACAUCGCAUCUGAUGGAGACGUCACUCUUACUCCAAAAGAAAACGCAAGAUCCUGUGUAAACGGCACGCUUGUGUGCAGCACCACACAGCUGUGGCAUGGUGAUAGAAUCCUAUGGGGAAAUAACCACUUUUUUAGAAUUAAUUUACCUAAGAGGAAACGUCGAGAUUGGUUGAAAGACUUUGAAAAGGACACGGGGCCACCAGAGCAUGACCUGGAUGCGGCCAGUGAGGCUUCCUCCGAACCGGACUAUAACUAUGAGUUUGCACAGAUGGAAGUGAUUAUGAAAACGCUGAAUAGCAACGACCCAGUUCAAAAUGUGGUUCAGGUCCUGGAGAAACAAUACCUAGAAGAAAAGAGAAGUGCCCUGGAGGAGCAGCGGCUCAUGUAUGAGCGGGAGCUGGAGCAACUCCGCCAGCAGCUCUCCCCGGAAAGGCAGCCGCAGAGCAGCGGCCCCGACCGCCUGGCCUACAGCAGCCAGACGGCGCAGCAGAAGGUGACCCAGUGGGCAGAAGAGAGGGAUGAACUCUUCCGACAGAGCCUGGCAAAGCUGCGAGAGCAGCUAGUGAAAGCUAAUACCUUGGUGAGGGAAGCAAACUUCUUAGCUGAAGAAAUGAGCAAACUUACUGAUUACCAAGUGACUCUUCAGAUCCCUGCUGCAAACCUCAGUGCCAACAGAAAGAGAGGUGCAAUAGUGAGUGAGCCAGCUAUCCAAGUGAGGAGGAAAGGGAAGAGUACCCAAGUUUGGACCAUUGAAAAGCUGGAGAAUAAAUUAAUUGAUAUGAGAGAACUUUAUCAAGAAUGGAAGGAAAAAGUUCCUGAGGAAAAAAGACUCUACGGGAAACGGGGUGACCCUUUCUAUGAAGCCCAAGAGAAUCACAACCUAAUUGGGGUGGCGAAUGUGUUCUUGGAAUGCCUCUUCUGUGAUGUGCAACUUCAGUAUGCAGUUCCUAUUAUCAGCCAGCAGGGGGAGGUUGCAGGGCGUCUCCAUGUGGAAGUGAGGCGCGUUACAGGAGCUGUUCCGGAGCGUGUGGUGGAGGAUGACUCUUCGGAGAACUCCAGUGAAAGUGGGAGCCUUGAAGUCGUAGACAGCAGUGGGGAAAUCAUUCACCGAGUCAAAAAACUGACAUGCCGGGUAAAAAUUAAAGAGGCAACCGGGCUGCCCUUAAACCUUUCAAAUUUCGUCUUCUGUCAAUAUACGUUCUGGGACCAGUGCGAGUCGACCGUGGCUGCCCCCGUGGUGGACCCAGAGGUGCCUUCACCACAGUCCAAGGAUGCCCAGUACACGGUGACCUUCUCCCACUGUAAGGACUAUGUGGUGAAUGUAACAGAAGAAUUUCUGGAGUUCAUUUCAGAUGGAGCACUCGCAAUUGAAGUAUGGGGCCACCGGUGUGCUGGAAAUGGUAGCUCCAUGUGGGAGGUUGAUUCUCUUCAUGCUAAGACAAGAACACUACAUGAUAGGUGGAACGAAGUAACUCGAAGAAUAGAAAUGUGGAUCUCCAUAUUAGAGUUGAAUGAGUUAGGGGAAUAUGCUGCAGUGGAACUUCAUCAGGCAAAAGAUGUCAACACAGGAGGCAUCUUUCAACUUAGACAGGGUCAUUCGCGUAGAGUGCAAGUCACGGUAAAACCUGUGCAGCAUUCAGGGACACUGCCGCUGAUGGUUGAAGCCAUCUCGUCAGUAUCCAUCGGCUGCGUAACUGCCAGGUCCACCAAACUCCAAAGAGGGCUGGACAGUUACCAGAGAGAUGAUGAGGAUGGUGAUGAUAUGGAUAGUUAUCAGGAAGAAGACUUAAAUUGUGUAAGAGAGAGGUGGUCAGAUGCACUCAUUAAACGCCGAGACUACUUGGAUGAACAGAUUAAAAAAGUCAGCAAUAAAAAAGAGAAGACAGAGGAUGACGUGGAGCGGGAAGCCCGGCUUGUGGAGCAGUGGGUGGGGCUGACGGAGGAAAGGAACGCAGUGCUGGUGCCAGCGCCAGGCAGCGGGAUCCCCGGGGCACCUGCCGACUGGAUUCCACCUCCUGGAAUGGAAACGCACAUACCAGUUCUCUUCCUCGAUUUGAAUGCGGAUGACCUCAGUGCCAACGAACAGCUCGUUGGCCCCCACGCCUCGGGUGUGAACUCCAUCCUGCCCAAGGAGCAUGGCAGCCAGUUUUUCUACCUGCCCAUCAUAAAGCACAGUGACGAUGAGGUUUCAGCCACAGCCUCUUGGGACUCCUCGGUGCAUGAUUCUGUUCACCUGAACAGGGUCACACCACAGAAUGAAAGGAUUUACCUGAUUGUGAAAACCACAGUCCAACUCAGUCACCCGGCUGCGAUGGAGUUAGUGUUACGAAAGCGGAUUGCCGCCAAUAUUUACAACAAACAGAGUUUCACACAGAGUUUGAAGAGGAGAAUAUCAUUGAAAAAUAUAGUUUAUUCCUGUGGUGUAACCUAUGAAAUAGUAUCCAAUAUACCAAAGGCAACUGAGGAGAUAGAGGACCGAGAAACACUGGCUCUCCUAGCAGCAAGAAGUGAAAACGAAGGCACGUCAGAUGGGGAGACGUACAUUGAGAAGUACACGCGUGGCGUGCUGCAGGUGGAAAACAUUCUGAGUCUCGAACGGCUCCGGCAGGCCGUCACAGUCAAAGAAGCACUCUCCACCAAAGCUCGGCACAUUCGGAGAAGCCUCAGCACACCAAAUGUUCAUAACGUCUCUUCCAGUCGACCAGACCUUUCUGGCUUUGAUGAAGAUGACAAGGGCUGGCCAGAGAACCAGUUAGAUAUGUCUGACUACAGCUCCAGUUACCAAGAUGUAGCAUGUUAUGGAACUUUACCCAGGGAUUCACCUCGAAGGAGUAAAGAAGGUUGUACAUCAGAGAAUCCUCAUGCCUUAACUGUCAGCCCUUUUAAAGCAUUCUCUCCCCAGCCGCCAAAGUUUUUCAAACCCCUAAUGCCUGUAAAAGAGGAGCAUAAGAAAAGGAUAGCCCUUGAAGCAAGGCCUCUUCUAAGCCAGGAGAGCAUGCCUCCACCUCAGGCACAUAACCCUGGCUGCAUUGUGCCCUCAGGAAGCAAUGGCAGCAGCAUGCCUGUAGAACACAAUAGCAAACGUGAGAAGAAGAUUGACUCCGAGGAAGAGGAAAAUGAGCUGGAAGCUAUUAACAGGAAGCUGAUAAAUUCACAGCCUUAUGUACCUGUGGAGUUUGCUGACUUCAGCGUUUACAACGCCAGCUUGGAGAACAGGGAAUGGUUUGCUUCUAAAGUAGAUUUGACAAACUCACGGGUCUUGGAGAAAGAAGUGUCCCGUAGCCCUACCACCAGCAGUAUUACCAGUGGCUACUUUUCCCACAGUGCCUCCAAUGCCACGCUGUCUGACAUGGCAGUCCCUUCCAGCGACAGCUCAGAUCAGCUGGCCAUUCAGAUGAAGGAUGCAGACUCCACUGAGCACUCUGGCCCAUCGCUUGGACAGGAUUUCAGGCCGUCAUCAAACAGAGAGUUGAUGGAAGUAGAAAGAGGCUUGGUAAAGGACAAGAUAAUCAUGGUGCCACUCAAAGAAAACAGUGCCUUAGCCAAAGGGAGCCCAUCAUCCCAGAGCAUUCCUGAGAAAAACUCCAAGAUGCUGUGCAGGACUGACUCGUGUUCAGAACUAGAUGCCUGCCCCAGCAAAAGUGGCCAGCCGGCCAGAGAAUUCUGCCCGGGGGAGGUGACAGUAGAGCACACCACUAACAUCCUUGAGGACCAUUCUUUCACAGAGUUCAUGGGGGUGUCAGAUGGCAAAGAUUUUGACGGUUUGACAGAUUCCUCUGCUGGAGAGCUUUCAGGUAGGAGGAACCUACCAAAUAAAAUGGAUAGCAGGAGUGUCUACGAUGGGCCCCAGGACCCUGUCCAGCUGCAUUCCAACUUAGAGGAUGACAAGGUAAUAAUUCCAGAGACAGCCCUUUGGGUUCCGUGCUGUCCGUGAGCACGCCUGACUGCACACCAAUCCCCAGAGGCCCUUCACCACCAUCGCUUGGUAGGAGAGAUUCAUUCAGAUGUCUCUGACAAGGAAGAUGAGCCCA